UGGCAGAACGCGCCGCGCGGCACGUGACUCUAUUUUUGGCGCCGCGUUCAAGCCGAGCGAGCGGCCGUCUUGCGGCUGUGGCGGCGUAGACGUUCACAGUUUGUAUUCCUUGCGUUGCAUUGGCACGGGGGGACAACACUCGUCGUGAUAAUCGCGGCGCGUGGCUGAGGCACCACCAUGAGCUGGGCCGUGGAGGAGUGGAAGGAUGGACUGCCCGGACGAGCCCUGCAGAAGAUCACGGAGAUGGAGACUCAGCUGGAAAAGCUGCGCAAGGAACAGCGCCAGCGCCAACUGCACAUUGACACGGUGGAAGCCGCCUGCGAGAAACAGAAGCAGAAGGUGGAGGAGGCAAAGUCGGAGAUCUCUGCCUUGAAGCGGGAGAACCAGAGCUUGAUGGAUGCGUGUGAUUCGCUACAAGCCGCACGGCAGAAGUUGAGUCACGAGCUGCAGCAGCGCGAGACGCAGGCGAACUGCCUGGAUGGCCAGCUCACCUCGGCACGCUUGCACACAGACAAGAUCGAGCAGGAGCUCAAGAGGUGCAAGAAUGAAUUGGAGUGCCGGUCAAGUGUGUCUUCUUCUGAGCUCCAAUCUUUUUCCACACCACAUCACAAAGGAGCAAAUAACUCUACAGUAUAUCCUGAAACACGAGAAAGGAACACAUCUGAUGACAAAUUUGAACAACUGUAUGAGAAGUACAGCACAGAAGUGGCAGAGCGGAAAAACCUUGAAAAUGAGCUGAAAGUUCUGCAAAUCAAACUGGUGAGCCAGACGCAGGCGGCCACUUCCACGAGUCGGCAGGCCAUCGGUCGGCAGCAGGCCUCGUCCUCCGUCUUUCCGUGGCAGAAGCAGAACACCACGAUGCAGGCCCGCUGCGGCCUCUUCACGGGGGACACGCCUCUCAAGCGCACCUCCACCUCGUCUGUGUUCCCCUGGGAGAAUGAGCCGGUGUCGGCCACUAAACGCUGCGGCAGCGCGCUCUCCUCACUCGAGGUGGUGCCCUCCAAGCGGGGCUCCUUCACAGUGCCCGUGGCAGACAAGCAGCCGGUGGGGGCGAGUGCCGCUGCUCGAGAUGGUGGCGCUGCUUUUGGGCGGGAGCGGUGCGGAAUGCCCACCUGUAAUUUGGCCGAUGAAAGUAUACCUUCUCGCAGCCAAGAGAGGGAGUUGGAGCAGCGAGUGCAUAACCAGGAGAUGGAGCUGGAGAGCUAUGCCAGCAAGCUGAACGUUGCCAUGGGACAGCUGGACUCAGCUAGGACAGAACUGGUGGAGAAGGAGCAAAGCCUGCUCAAGUCCCAGAAUGCACUGUCUCGCUUGAACAUUCAGCACGAGCAAGCAGUUGCUAAGGUGACUGCACUGGAGCAGAAGCUCAAGCACGUGGCAGAGGAGAUGAACUGCCAGCGACAGAACGCCGAGUCGGCACGCCUGGCGGCAGAGCAGCGCCUCAAGGACAAGGAGAGAGAACAGCAAGAGGAGGUGGCAAGGCUGGAGCACAACAUCAAUAGCUUGGACCAACAGCUGAGCCAGACAAAGACGAAGCUUGGCCAGGAGCUGCAGCACACCAAGAAUGAGCACAAUGCCCUACAAGCUGAAUUUGACAAGGCUUUGCUUCAGAAGCAGCUUCAGGAGAAGGAGGUGCAGGAGCUUAAACAGGUGUUGCAGAAGGCCAACGGCAAUGUCAAGCUGCAUCAGGACAUGACGAAAGAUGCCAAAUGCAGCUUGGAGGAAGCCACCAAAGAGAAGAAUAACUUAAGCUGCAACUUGGAGCAGAGUGCCCAUCGGGUAAGAAAGUUUGAAGAUGAUAUGAAAAAUCUCAAGCAAGAGCUCUAUGACAGCCAGAGACUACAGGAAGACUUACAGAGGAAAGUGGUGUCUCAAGAAACUGAAGUUGAAAACUUAAAAUCAAAAUUGGAAAAGCAAAGCAAGUCACUAAAUGGCAAUGUGGAUAAUCUAAAGAUUAUUAUAUCCGAUUUGGAAAAGAAGAGAGAUAUUUCUUUAGCUGUGGUAAAGAAAAAUGAAUUGGAGAUGGAAAAAAUGCACUUCAAAUUGUCUGCAUCUACAACUGAAAAUGAAGAUCUUAAGAAUAAGUUGUGUCACAUGGCAAGUGAAUGCAGCUCCUUGGAAGAUGAAAAAGCAUCCCUUAUUCAGCUUAAAAAGGAAAUGUCUGAUAACCUAAACAAACUGAAAUUGGAAAGGGAUGGGCUGUCUGAGAAGGUACACGACCUGGAGGCACAGAUGGAGCAAACCCUGUCUGCCCCACUGGGGAAGCAAAACACUGAUGUGCUUGAGCAGGAGAAUAAAAUAAUAAAGACACAGCUAUGUGAGCUAAAACAGGCACUGGACAACAAAUGUCUGAAGAACACAACACUCAAAGAAAAAGUGUGGGCACUACAAGAAGAGCUCGAGGAGUCUGUGAAGAAACAAGGCACGGGAAUUAUUGAGUUGACAAAAAGCUCGACACAGUUCUCUGAAAAGGUGGCAGGUUUAGAACAUCAGCUGAACUUUGAGAAAAAUGUUAAUGCUGAACUUAAAGAAGAAACUGCGGGUUUAGAGAGACAGCUUACAAAUAUCAACAACUUGAUGAAGUCUAAAGAGCAUCUUUUUGAAUCAAAGGAAGCAGAAUUAAAAGUGAUAAAAGAUGCAUUGCUGAAGAUUGUUGAAGAGCUUGAAAAGGCACAUUGGACAUUAUUUGAGGAAAAGGGCAACACUAAUGAAGAAUUUGGACAUAAAAUGUUGGACACACCAGAGCAAAACCUCUCAACAAUUGAGCCGUCUGUGAGAUUAAUGCAUUAUUUUACCAUUUUGGGGGAGCAUUUGUCGACUCUACAGUCAUCUCUUAUUGCUCAUAAGCAAACGUGCAGUGAGCUGGAAAUUAAAUAUGAAUCCCAGUUGCUAGAAAUGUCGAAGGCUGAGGUACAGACACUGGAGAUGUCUGCGUUGUAUACCAAGCUGCAACAUGAAUUUUAUAAAAACACAUCCAAAAUGGAAGAAGACCUAAAUGAACAGGCUACGCAACUUGAAAAUAUAAAAAAAGUCCUCGAAGAAAAGAACUCAAAUUUUAACGAUAUCUCAAAAAAACUUAAAGAUACACAGGCCAACCUUGUGCUGCAGCAAGAAAGGAAUACAAUACUGCAGCUGGAUCUUGAGGAAGCACAUCAUAAUCUAAUAAUGAAAUCAAAGCAACUUGAAGGUUAUGCCACCCAGAGUAAAGAAAGUGACAGUUACCUUGCUAAAAUUCUGGAAGAAAACGUUUGCUUGAAAGAGCAGGCAAAAGCUUAUGAAGAUUUCACAAGCAGGCAAAACCAAAUGACAGAAUAUGAAGAAAUGAUAAAAGAGCUGGAGACUACAGUUAACUGUUUGAAAAGUGAACUGGAAAAUGAAAUGCAUUCCAGAGAGUCUCAGUGUAACGAACUGCAGGAGGAUGUACGUGAACUUCAGGCGCAAAAUGUAAUGCUACAGCAGGAAAAGGAACAACUACUAAAAUUGCAAGAUGAAAAUGAAGCUCUUAUUAAUAAUUUUAAAAGCCAACUGCAACAGGCUGAACAUUAUUCUUUACAAACAAAAAGCCAGGCCUCCAAGGCAGAAAAGGAAUUGGCCAAUCUUCAAGAACAAUACAUGACCAGUGUGGAAAAGCAAAGAAAGCUAGAAUAUAUGUUAAGUGAGCAGGAUAAAGAAUUGACAUCCAAAAUCUUGGAAAUUGCACAGGUGAAAGAUAAUUCUCAUGAGGCUCUCGAGCAACUUAUGUCAGCUAUUAAACAGCUGGAAGAGAGCAAGUGUGAGUUGGUGGAAAAGCUUAAGCAAGCAGAGUUGCAGGACAAUACAAAUAAUAAUAAAAUUGCUUAUUUAAUGGCUGAGGCAGAAUCUGAGGUUAAGCAAUUUAAUGAAGAAAUGACCAUGCUUAAUUGCAGAUUGUCUGACGUUCAAGAGGACAAUCAGGCUCUACGACUGAGCAAUCAGAAUCUGGAACAAAAGAUUUGUGAAAACGAGCAACAUUUGGAGUCAAGAGAAGAAAAGAUGAUUGCAAGGCAAAAUGAUUAUACCAAGAGAUUUGAACAGUUGGAUGUGAUUAUUGGCAAGCAGACUGCACAGCUUCAGCAACUAGAGGGGGAAAAUACCAAAACAAAAGUCACACUUCAUGAAAAGCAUCAGGAACUGGAACAUCUAAAAGUGAAACUAGAGGAGAGUAGAUUUGACUUUCUGAAGAUUUCAGGGAAUUUGGAGAUGCUUCAGAUGGAUCUGGAAGACAAAGACGUGAAUUUGGAAUUGUACGAGUCACAAAUCAAGCAGCUCAAGGAUACAAUUGAGUCACUCGAUAAUAGGUUAUCUGAAAAUGAAGACGUUGACAAAGUGAGACAAGAAUUGGAAGAAAUAAGGGUGCACUGUGAUGCUCUGAGCAGUCAGCUUUUGGAGAGCCAAGCCUCUGCUGAAUCACUUGGAUAUAAAGUUGUAGAGCAGGAGAAGUUGCUAUCUGAUCUAAGGGUAGAUGUGGAGAAUGCACACUGUCGUGAAAAUGGUCUCUUAGAGAAACUCCACUGUGUGCAAGAGCAGUUGGAAAGUAGUCUUUUGGAAGCAGGCCAUCUCAGAACAGAUGUUGACAAUAGGAAUAGUGACAUCGCAGCUAAGGAUUCAAUUAUCUGUGAUCUCACAAAAGAGUUAAAGCUUUCAGAAGAGAAUAUUUUCAAAGCUAGAAACAUGUACAAUGAUUUACAAUCAGAAUCUAAUGCACUAAAGGAACAGCUGACCAAAAGACAAAGUCAUUGCAUUUUACAACAAGAUGCUAUAAUACAGUUAACUGGCACUAAUAACAAUGAUGAAGAAAAUGCUGUAAAUAUUCCACCCACACAACAUUGUUUAAAUGUCUGCUCGUUACCAUCAUCUGAACAAAAUUCCAGUAUAAAUAUAGAAACUGAGUUAUGUCAGCUGAAAGCAGAUUAUGGUGUCCUGAGUGAGGAAUUUAGAGAUCUCAAGACAAACUAUGAUGCUCUUCAGAAGACCUGCAAUUUACUGUCAGAAGAAAAUACAUUUGCUUUACAGGAGAAGAUUUUAGCUGGAUCCCUUCUUACACAGGCUCUUGAAGAACAGGAAGAGUUGAAGGUUGAAUAUCAUAAAGGACUGUUAUUGCAAGGGCAAUAUGAGGCGCUGCAGAGCUGUCAUAAUGAGUUACAAGAAAAGGUUCAACAGACAGCAGAACAUGUGGUUGAAUUGAACAGUGUUAUUGAAUCUCUUCGCUCAGAUAAGAAGAACAUGGCUGAGACUCUCAUUCGGCAAAGUAAUAAUAACGCACAAGUAGAAUGUCUGGCAUUGCAUAAGCAAGUGCUUGGCCUACAAGAAAAACUUAAAGACACACAAGAACCCAUGAGACAAGUACUCACCAAAUCAGAGUGUAACAUGGUACAGCAUUUACCUCAUUCAUUACGGGAUAAUAUAGAUACCAAUGAUUCAGAUGUGGAAAGCUUUCAUAAAAGGCCAAAACGUGACCAUGAUGUAGAAAGUGCACAUGCAGAAGAAAUGCAUGAAGGACAUGAUUUAACAAUGUCCAUUGAGUUAGAUGACCAGCUAAACAACGUUGUUGAGCUCAGCAUUCAGCUUAAUAUUGAUAAUUUGCAGGAAGAAAGUAUUCAAGGUACUCACAGUGCUAAAGACAUAACGAACGAUAAGGUUUCAGAAAUUUUGGAAUCUCAGAUUGUGUUUAAUUCAAUCAAGGCAGAUGAAUGUGAAUUGUCCUGUAAUAUAGACGCUUUACAGGAGAAAAAUUCAGUUGUACUCAAACAGGUUAGUGUUUUUGAGACAAACCAGAACAAUCUUUUGAAAAAAGUUAAGAGCCUUGAGCAAGACUUGGACAGUGUUCUCUCUCAGUCUAAGCAUGAACAGGCCAAAGGUUCUGAUUUGAUUGAUAAGCUGCACAGUCUAGAACUGAACAGGACCUUGUUAGAAGACAAAAUUCAGGAUCUUGAAAAUGAAAUGCAGCAUAUCAAGUCGGAGAAGCUUAAUCUAGAAAAGCAGAUUUUGUCAUUGAAAGCUGAUGCUCAGGAUGUAUAUUCCAAGAAUGCUUCACUUGACAUGCCAAAUGAGCAGACACUAUUGGCACUGCACAAAGAAGAGAUGGUCUCAGUAAAAGCUGAACAUGCGCAAAUUGCUGCAGAGCUGCACAGCCUUUCAAAUGCACAUGCAACAUUGCAGAACAGCUAUGAGAUUCAAAACAGCCAGUUGUUUACAACAAGGUUGGAAAAAGUGGAAGCUGCUGAAUUCAUUUGCUCCCUAAAAGCUGAAUUGUUAGAAUUUAAGGAACGACUGCAAGUUUGUGAAGAAGGUUUUUUGCGUAUGUUGAACGAAAAAGAAGAACUUUGUAAUAAGCUCCAGAACCUUGAUAAUGAGGCUUUAGCUAAAUCUUUGGAGUAUAAAGAAAAGAUGGAAAGCAUUGAGCUCCUGAGGAAUAUGAAAGAAUUGGCAGAGCAGAAGGCUGCAACUUCACAGGCAAAGCUAGAGUGCUUCCAAAAUGAACAUUCCAGGGUCUUGGAGUCAGUGAAUUCUGUGCUUCUUGAGAAGGCUAUGCUUGGCAAGCAGCUAAAUUCUACCGAGGAGGCCAUAGGUGAGCUAAAGCGCUACAUCGAGAAGCUCAAGUUGAUACUUGAAGCGGAUGACAGGAAGAGAAAAGAAAUGGAGCAAAAGAUACGCCACAGUGAGAGGAAACAUGACGCCCUGCAGGAUAAGAUUGAGCAGCUGAAAAGAGAGUUGGAGAUGAGCGAGGCCAGCUUAGAAGACAUGGUUCUGCGCCAAGAAGCAAUCGAAGAGGAUGCCAAGACAGCUGUGGAAGAAAAAAACGUGGCAACAGAAAGCUACGAGUCUUGCAAAGCGCAACUGGACCUUGUGUCUGCAGAAAAGCAGGAGCUCGUUGAGGAAUUGAAAGAGAAGCAACAUCAAGUGGAUGAGGCCAAGUCCACCAUCAUUGCACUGCGAGACACCCUGCAGAGGCAGCAGGAAGAUGACAUGAAUACCAGGAAGGUGUUUGAGAAGCACUCUUCUCAAGUCGAGGUUGAAAUGGCAUGCCAUUUGGAUACAGCUGUCCAUUUGCAGGAACAAAUUAAACUUCUAAAUGAGCAGUUGGUAUCUUGUAAAUCUGAGCUGCAGGAAUGGCAAAGACAGAAGGAUGAAUGGCUCUCACAAUGCCAUGCCCAAAAGCUGGCGUAUGAUAUUAUGCAGGAGAGGGCUGCUGCGGCAGAAAGCCACGUCGCCAGCCUGAAGAACGCCCGUCACGCAUUGAGUGUGGAGCUUCAGUCUGUGCACCAAGUGCUGUCUGAGCUACAGGCGAAGAGUAAUGUUGCACUGGCAGAACUGCAGGACAAACAGCAGACUUUUGUGGAGGAGCUUCACAAAGAGAAUGGUAGAAGAUUGGCGGAAAUGCAGGUGAAAAAUCAUAGGGCAUUAACUGUGCUGCAUUCCCAGCAUGAUGAGCAACUACUCUCCGUCCGGGGUGAUUAUGAUUCUGCUCUUAGCGAAAUGUCUGUCAAGCACGAGACCUUGCGUGCAGAGAUGGCAGCAAAACACGGAGAGGCGAGGAUGGAAAAUCAGGCAUUGAAGUUCAAAUUGAAGACUCUGCAGGAAGCUCAUCAGCAACUGGAGGUGGCGGCUUGUACGUUGAGGAUUCAGAAUUCGGCAGAGAGGAUCGGGCUUGAGCAUCAGAUCAAUGAUCUGCAGGAACAGAUUUCCAGCCAGGACAGGAAGAUCGCCAUGCUGAAAUUAGCCAAGGAGCACGAUGACACCGAACUGAAGGAUGCUGAGAAAUGCAAGCAAGAACUCCUUGAUGCCAAAGUGGCGGAAGUUGAAGCAGACAAAGCCCGAUUGGCCAAGGAAAAGGCUGCUCUGCAAGGAAAACUACAGCUGUGGAUGAGCAACGGUCGGCAGCUGGAGAAGGAGAAAGAGGAACUGCACAAGCGAAUUCACAAGAUGGAGGGGAAACUGAAGACUCUGCAAGGGCCAGGGGCAGGCUGCAGGAAAGCGCUGCGUGAUGAGGGAGACCAGGUGACGGUCAAGCGUGGCAGGAAGGGCGACGUCGAAAACAGGACCGAGGCAAAGCGCAUGAAGCCCCUUCCAGAGGGGAGGCGCACUGCCGCACGCGAAGGCACCACUUACCAACCAGACGGGCUUCCGGAGGUUGUAAACAAAGAUGUUGUUGUCCCAUUUGCUGGGACAGGCUUUGCAGACAUCCCAUUGGUGCUGGAAUCCAGCCCGUACGUGCUCUGUCGCACCACCAUGCUCUCCCGGAGGGGAGAGGAUGCAGCAGCUUCACCUUCACCCGCUCGGAAGCACCCCGUGACAAACCUGCAGCCUCAGCUCCUUACUCGGAACACGGCCACUGCCAGCAACCCAAUGCAGGGCAAGGAGCAGGGCAAGGAGCAGGCCAAGGAGCAGGCCAAGGAGCAGGCCAAGGAGCAAGCCAAGGAGCAGGCCAAGGAGCAGGCCAUCGGCAGCCUCCCAUCGGCGUGGUCGGCCUCUCCAAUGACAGUCAUCACCAACAGUCCCAGCCGGACGGCCCCAGGCUGUGGCGCCAGCAAGCCAACCAGCCAGCGCUCGCUCAGCAGGCUGUCUCCGGAGCAGAGGGAGAAGCGCAAGCAGACGCAGGCCAUCUCCGAGGCACAGCUGGAUGAGAACUGCAAAAUGCAGUAGAGCUCUUGACCGCAUGCCAACCCAAAACACACAAAUGAAGACAAACGUGGUAUUUUUAAAGGGAAUCUACGUUGGAUAGAGUCUCAUGUUCUUAAUGUUUUUCACAGCAGGAAUUCUUCAUGUAGUUUCAUGCACAAUUGCGCAGAUAACAAGUUAACACAGAUUUGGGAAAUCGAGUAGCUUUAAUUGAUGGGUUCGCAUGCAAUGCCCUUCAGCAGUGGCUCCUCAAACUUCUGCCAUUUUACAAACCAUCACUGACUGAGGCAUAGAAAUAUGGGCUAAGGUGAACAUCCCCAUACAUGCACACAUUCGAUUGCUAGGAAAUAUAGUUCUCUAUGAAAAAUGAAAAGGUUUUACUCUUUCUAGGCAAUACUACCGGUGUCAAGAUACUCUUUGGUUUUAUUCGGUAAAGUCACGUAGAUAAAAUAAAACAAAAUAAAAGAAAAUAAUUAAAUCACGACGUUUCGGAGGCAACACAAGCUUCCGUCUUCAGGUGGAAAAGUCAACGCAGAAUAUCUGUGUCAGGAGCACAGUUCAGAGACAACAGGGAUUUUAUACAGGUGUUGAGGAGUUCCCGACGACGACUCGGAGACGGCUUGAAGGUAAGGGCUUUCGCCAAAGGUUUAUUAAGUAUAUUACAAUAACACAAAGGGUGUGACAACUCCCAGGGGUUAGGGGUCUUACACUAAG